AUGGUCCUUUGCAUGCAAAAGUUACUCAGCAUUGCUACGGGAGCUGAACCAGCACCAGUUGCACUUACCAGCAAAGAAGCAAAAGACAGCAUCAAAGUGUCCCAACAGGCCGAAAAAAUGGCAAAAUGGAAGCAGCGGGACAACAAGGCAUUCUUGCAAAUCACCCUCAAUAUGGAGGAUGGUGUCAUGAACAACAUUGUUGAUACAACAUUGGCAAACAAAGCCUGGACGCGGAUUAUCAAGCGCUGGGAAGGCAAGGGCAUGCAAUUGCUGUCCUUCCUAUACCAACAAUUAAUGAGCACAAAAAUUGAGGAAGAAGAGGACCUUACCACCGGGUUCAAUUUGAUAAAAUCAACAGUCUCAAAAAUCAAGACACUUGGAGAGUCCAUCAGCAAUUUCCUACUUGCUCAGAUAAUCAUGAAUGCGCUCCCACCAUCCUAUGCAAUUGUCAGCACCGUCAUCCAGACAUCUACGCAGCAGGCAGCCAUCACAUCCAAUGCCAUAUGCAAAGCCACAUUACAAGAGGAAGAACGUCGGCAAAAAGGUGGAGGGAUUACCGCAAUGUUUGCGCAAUUGUUGAAGGGCAAAUCUAUGACAAGAAAAUCAGCAAGGAACAACCCAAAAGGGAAGAGGAAGGACUUAGGUCCCCCUUGCGCCAACUGCUCAAAGCCUGGUCACACCAAGCAGGAAUGCUGGGCAAAAGGCGGUGGAGCCAAAGGCACUGGUCCCUGGCAGAGACAGCAGAACUCAAAGCAGUCAAAGGACAAGUCCAACAAGUCCCAAGCCAACACAUCAAAAGGCAACUCCGCUAAGGUUGCCGUAACAGAUAAAUCAGGCAAUUCCUCUGUAGGCCCCAAGAUAUAUGCGCUCACUGUAUUGGACAAAUUGUCACAUAACAAGAACACCUGGCUACUUGAUUUGGGUGCAUCAAGACACAUGACGCCAAAUCGGCAUUGGUUCUACACCUACCAGACACUAACACCACCAAUCCAAAUUCAAGUGGGCAAUGGGAACUUGAUCCCUGCAAUUGGUGUUGGCCAAGUUCAUGUAAUGUUAUACAACCGUCACGGCGUCAAAACUCCUGCGUUCAUAAAAACUCACCCAGGAGGCACCAAUGUGCUCUUCUGUAAAUCAUUUGGCGCAAUUCUUGUAGGUGACCAAGGCAACGGGCCUGAAAUAGGCUUUGCUAGAGAAACAUCUGGUCAGCUAUACAAAGUUAAAUGCGUUGUAAAACAUACCAAGGUUGACACAUACAUGGCUAUUGUUGAGUCCAAAAGCAUCAACAACAGGGACAAUAUUGAUGCAGGUGAAUUUGUUGCAUAUGCCACCGGGAAAAUUGCACACGCAGACCUCAAGACCUGGCACAGACAAUUGGGUCAUGUCAGCUAUGAGUACGUUCUUGACAUGUUUUGGAACGGCUCAGUACAUGGAAUGGACAUUGUAGGAAAGCGCUCACCUCCACAAUCUCCAUGCAAACCUUGCCUCAAAGGCAAACAUGCAUGUGCACCAUUUGUUCCAUCACAAUCCACCUUGUCUGCAGUCCUUCAACUUAUGCAUAGCAAUCUCCACGGCCCAGCUGCAGUCCAAGGGAUUGGCAGGAUUUGA